CUGAUAAGCCAGCAACAAGCUGUGGAAGACACGUAAGGAAAGCUGUGUCCUCAUUAGCUUUGAUGGUCCAGAUAGCUGACUGCCCUGCCAUGUCACCUAUCAUUGAUUGAGUUGAAGACAGCAUCACUGUUGCCCAGUGUUCACUGUCACCAUGAUGCUACUCAGAAAAGAUACCAAUCUCCAGAUAACGGGGUUCACUGCAGCCAUCCUAGCAUGGCUAUUUUGUAGUGUCUCCAUGGGCCUUCCUCAGUGGCGAGUAUGGUACUUUCAAGAACCCAUGAAAUCCAAGCCCAGCAUGGCCUUAGUAGGACUGUGGAGAACCUGCAUCUACCACAAUAACAACUACUCCAGCAAUGUCCGAGUAUGUCACCGAUACAACUACCAUGACUCCUUCAUCCCAUUGAGUAUUCGAGUUGCUCAACACCUGGUACUGGUCUCCAGCUUUUUGGGGAUGGCUGGGACAGUUUCUAGCAUUGUUGCUCUUUGGAAAAUGUACACAGAGAGAGUAAGGAAGAACACCACCUACAAUUCAUUUUUCUUUCUAGGGAUUCUGAACAUCCUCACUAGCAGCUUUGUCCUUUUUGCUCUCUUGUACAAUUACUUAUGCAUCAUGAGAAAUGAAGAUAUUGCCUUCCCACCAUUUUUCCACAUCCCAUCCUUCCCAGAUACCCAGAAAGCUGGCAGCGCCCUGGCAGUAGCAACUCUUGCUGCAUUCUUUUUUGUGUUAAGUGGCACAAUUUUCAUUUCUUUCACCUUUCACCCACCUAGACACUGAAAUUCAUUCUAAGAUUUUUAAGUAAAUUACCACCUAACAUAGCCUUGAAAAUUCAGAAUUUCCAGGAAUUUACAGCAAGUAUUUAUCAACCUAAAGAUGUCAACCUAAAACUUCCAGAGUUCAACACCACCAUGUCUGAGGUGGACAAGUGGACCUUCUAUUAUUGUUUUAUACUUUAUUGGCCAGCUUAUGGAUUUCAUUAUGUAAAAUUUUGCCUACUUGGUCUUAUGAGAUCUGAGUUUUAAUUACUGUUGAUGAAGGCAAAGAAUUCAAGAAUAUAGUAUAUAUGGAAAUGAGUGUCAGAAUAUAUUAUCCUCCUGUGAAUCCAUAAAAUGAAAGUGGGUCUGUUUCCCAUGUCAUCUCUCCACCAGACGAAAUUUCCCAAACUAUGUUGAAGUUGACAGAUUGCUGUAAGGAAUCUCCCCAACGCAGUAUAAAAAAUAAAUACUCUUGAAGAUUU